GGACAAGAAAUCUGCUAUUCUUUACUUUACAAUGAAGCGAAACAAGGCGUCGAAAGGGUGGGAAUAUGGCAGCCGCCAGGGCUCCACGUGAUAGCUAACCCAACUAGACUAGACCGAGUCAUUACGAUGGCCUGACGUUUACCUCGAACUUGAAGAAUGUUGUCCUCACUCAUCAAAGAACACCAGCUCAAGCAGCAAACAAGGAAAGAAGAACAAGAGCGGAGAAGAAAGGAUGCUAUAGCUGCUGCAGGUGUUCUGACCCAAGCAUUAGUAGAUCACCUCAACGUUGGGGUAGCACAGGCUUACUUGAAUCAAAGAAAGUUGGAUGUGGAGGCAAAGCAACUGAAUCAGCAUGCUGCAACAUUUGCCAAACAGACUCAGCUUUGGCUUCAGAUGGUGGAGACCUUCAGCACUGCUCUCAAGGAGCUUGGAGAUGUGGAGAACUGGGCCAAGUCAAUUGAGGGUGAUAUGAGGAGUAUUUCUCAAGCUCUUGAGUACUCUUACAAAGGAGGAUUCCCUCCAACUCUGCCAUUAGAGGGGCUUGGCAGCAGAGGAUCGAGAACCUUUCCUUUACCCUUGGACAUUGGGCUUCCAUUGCCAACACCUCCCCUGCUUCCAACUCCACCCAUGUUCAUACCUUCCAUGAUCCCACCUUCCCUGUUUCCCAAUCCAUACUCCAUCCCUGCCUACGGGAUGAUGCCCCUCGGCCGAAGGAAUCGAGUGAGUGGUGGCUGCACCAAGGAAUUGUUCACCAUGGCAUCAGCUCCUUUACCCUGUCUCAUACCUGAGGGCAUGAACCCAGAUGUUCCACCCUUUGAGGGGGUAUCAGGAGUACCUCCUCCAAUCCAUCCACCACCAGGCACAUAUUUUGAUGUUCACAUCCCGUUUGCCCUCAAUCCGUCAAAUUUUGUGGUGCAGUCUUGGCUUGGAGGGAAGGACUUGGAAGAUCUCAUGGAGAAAAUGAAUAGUUUCUAUGAAGGUCCACCACUGUCUAGUCCACUUUUGCCAGAGACAAUCAGAGAAGGAGAAUGCUACGCUGCCCUUUAUUUUGAUCGCAUUUGGUAUCGCAUUAUUGUCAGCAAGUGCAUGGGGAAUGAUACAUUCUUUGCUCACUUCCUGGACUUUGGCAACAAUGAUUUUUUCUGCUCGGGGUCCCUGCGACCCUUGGCUGCCGAGUUCAGGAAGCUUCCGGCUCAAGCCAUCAAAGCCUGCCUUGCCGGUAUAGCACCAGUGUCCGGAGAUGGAUGGAGGGACGAAGAUAUCCUUGUGUUCAGAGAAAUGGUGUUCGAGAAACAAUUCGUAUCGGUCGUUCCCGAAGGAUCGUUGCCUUCGAAAGACGACGACAGACUUCCCUUGACCCUGAUCGACACCAGCCUCCCGGAUCGUGACGUCUUCGUCGACCAGGCCCUCGUGGAGAAAGGAAACGCCUCGCGACGCCUCCAACUCCCUUCGAGCCUCACAGACCCAAAGCCCGAUCCCGACCCCCCUGUUUCCCCACUCGAGUCCGAUGACAGCCACGAGUCGCUCUGA